GCGAGCCCGAGGCCGCUUUUCCCGGCGCCGAGGCUGCGGUGGCGAGCGGCGGCUGCGCGGCUAUGGGCGCGCCGGGGUCGCCCUAGUAGGACCGGCGCGGAGACCGCAGCGGGAGCGACAGCGGCAGCCUCCACUGCUAGCCUUCCUCAGUGAGCCUUCCUCAGCGGCGGCGACGACAGCCGCAAGAACAGCGGGGCCGGGAUGAGCGGGAGCGGCGCGGCGCCCGGCCCGGGCUCGGGCUCAAGCUCGGGCUCCGGCUCCUCCUCGGCAGCCUGCCGCUUCGCGCACUACUUCGUGCUGUGCGGAAUCGACGCAGACAGCGGGCUAGAACCCGACGAGCUAGCGGUUUUGUACCAAUGGCUAGAAGCAGAUCGUCAUAGCAAGAGCCAAGAAGCUACAAAUCCGACUUCAGGUGAAAAUUUUGACCAGAGUCCUUUGAGAAGAACAUUCAAAUCCAAAGUUCUGGCCCACUACCCUCAGAAUAUAGAAUGGAAUCCCUUUGAUCAAGAUGCAGUGAAUAUGUUAUGCAUGCCUAAAGGGCUAUCAUUCAGAACCCAAAAUGAAAGUAAAGACCCUCAGUUUCACUCAUUUAUAAUUACCCGGGAAGAUGGUUCUCGCACCUACGGUUUUGUUCUCACUUUUUAUGAAGAAGUUACAAGUAAGCAAAUCUGCACAGCAAUGCAGACACUCUACCAGAUGCACAACGCUGAGCAAUACAGCAGUGUUUAUGCUUCAUCCUCAUGCAGCAUGGACUCACUGGCAAGCAGCAUUGAUGAGGGCGAUACAACUUCCCUUUUGAAACUCCAGCGAUACAACUCCUAUGAUAUCAACAGAGAUACCCUGUAUGUUUCAAAAAGUAUAUGCUUGAUCACACCACUACCUUUUAUGCAGGCUUGCAAGAAAUUCCUCAUCCAACUUUACAAGGCAGUUACCUCACAGCAGCCACCACCCUUGCCGCUUGAGAGCUACAUCCAUAAUAUUCUUUAUGAAGUACCUCUUCCACCUCCAGGGAGAUCACUAAAAUUUUAUGGUGUUUAUGAACCUGUCAUCUGCCAGAGGCCUGGGACCAAUGAACUCCCCCUCUCUGACUACCCUCUUCAUGAGGCUUUUGAGCUCCUGGGAUUAGAGAACCUGGUGCAGGUUUUUACCUGUGUUCUUUUAGAAAUGCAGAUCCUUCUCUACUCACAAGAUUAUCAACGCCUGAUGACUGUGGCAGAAGGCAUCACCACACUUUUGUUCCCAUUUCAGUGGCAGCAUGUUUAUGUGCCCAUCCUUCCUGCUUCUCUGCUUCAUUUUCUUGAUGCUCCUGUACCUUAUCUGAUGGGUCUUCAGUCAAAAGAAGGAACUGACCGUUCUAAACUAGAACUUCCUCAAGAGGCUAAUUUGUGCUUUGUGGACAUUGACAACCAUUUUAUUGAAUUGCCCGAAGAAUUUCCACAGUUCCCCAAUAAAGUGGAUUUUAUUCAGGAGCUCUCUGAAGUUCUUCUUCAAUUUGGGAUUCCUCCUGAGGGCAGCUUACAUUGCAGUGAGAGUGCCACCAAACUGAAGAAUCUGGUUCUGAAAGAUUUGGUCAAUGACAAGAAGAAUGGCAAUGUCUCCACUAAUAAUAUCAGCAUGUAUGAGUUAUUGAAGGGCAAUGAAACCAUAGCCCGCUUGCAGGCUCUGGCCAAGAGGACUGGUGUGACUGUGGAAAAAAUGGACCUGUCUGCUUCUCUGGGUGAAAAAGAAAAGAAUUUAAAACUGCAGUGUGAAGAGGCAGAACUGAGGGACUACCAGCUGAAUGUACAGCUGAGAGAGGUCUUUGCUAACCGCUUUACACAGAUGUUUGCUGAUUAUGAAGCAUUUGUGAUUCAAACUGCCCAGGACAUGGAAUCCUGGCUGACCAACCGGGAACAGAUGCAGAACUUUGACAAAGCUUCUUUCCUUUCUGACCAACCUGAGCCUUAUCUGCCAUUUCUUUCACGAUUCAUUGAAACACAGAUGUUUGCCACCUUUAUUGAUAACAAAAUUAUGUCUCAGUGGGAAGAGAAAGAUCCUUUGCUUCGAGUCUUUGAUUCUCGCAUUGAGAAGAUAAGAUUGUACAAUGGAAGGGCACCCACCUUACGGACAUCUAUAUAUCAGAAAUGCAGCACUUUAAAAGAAGCAGCCCAAUCAAUUGAGCAAAGACUGAUGAAAAUGGAUCACACUGCAAUCCACCCACAUCUACUUGAUAUGAAAAUUGGUCAAGGCAAAUAUGAGCAAGGGUUCUUUCCAAAGUUACAGUCUGAUGUCUUGGCAACAGGACCAACCAAUAACAACCGCUGGGUAAGUCGGAGCGCCACCACACAGCGCAGGAAAGAGCGCCUUCGCCAGCAUUCCGAGCACAUUGGACUGGACAACGACUUGAGGGAGAAAUACAUGCAAGAGGCACGAAGUUUAGGAAAAAAUCUGAGGCAGCCCAAAUUGUCAGACCUUUCUCCCGCAGUGAUUGCACAGACCAACUGGAAAUUUGUAGAAGGCUUAUUAAAAGAAUGUAGAAUGAAGACAAAACGCAUGUUGGUAGAAAAGAUGGGACAUGAAGCAGUGGAGCUGGGCCAUGGAGAAGCAAACAUCACUGGCUUGGAAGAGAAUACCUUGAUUGCCAGCCUCUGUGACCUACUAGAGAGGAUAUGGAGCCAUGGCCUACAGGUCAAACAGGGGAAGUCAGCUUUGUGGUCACAUUUAAUUCAAUUUCAAGACAGAGAAGAAAAACAAGAGCACCUUGCAGAAUCACCAGUUGCCCUGGGACCAGAAAGAAGAAAAUCUGACUCAGGAGUUAUGUUACCAACACUCAGGGUCUCUCUCAUCCAAGAUAUGAGGCAUAUUCAAAACAUGAGUGAGAUCAAAACUGAUGUUGGACGAGCUCGGGCAUGGAUAAGAUUAUCUCUAGAGAAGAAGCUUUUGUCCCAGCAUCUCAAGCAGUUGCUCUCUAACCAACCACUUACCAAGAAGCUUUAUAAGCGCUAUGCUUUUCUACGUUGUGAAGAAGAAAGAGAGCAGUUUCUUUACCAUCUUCUUUCCCUCAAUGCUGUGGACUAUUUCUGUUUCACCAGUGUGUUCACCACUAUCAUGAUUCCAUACAGGUCAGUGAUCAUCCCAAUCAAAAAGCUGAGCAAUGCAAUCAUCACAUCAAACCCCUGGAUCUGUGUAUCAGGAGAGCUGGGAGACACAGGAAUAAUGCAGAUUCCCAAAAACCUCCUUGAGAUGACUUUUGAGUGCCAGAACUUGGGGAAGCUCACUACUGUUCAAAUUGGUCACGAUAACUCGGGACUAUUAGCCAAAUGGCUAGUGGAUUGUGUCAUGGUCAGAAAUGAAAUUACAGGACAUACAUAUAGAUUCCCAUGUGGGCGGUGGCUAGGGAAAGGCAUUGAUGAUGGGAGCCUGGAGAGAAUUCUUAUUGGAGAAUUGAUGACAUCAGCAUCAGAUGAGGACCUGGUAAAACAGUGUCGGACUCCACCCCAGCAGAAAUCACCCACCACAGCUAGGAGACUGAGCAUCACUUCCCUAACAGGAAAAACUGCCAAACCCAAUGCUGGACAGAUCCAAGAAGGAAUUGGAGAAGCUGUGAACAAUAUUGUGAAACAUUUUCAUAAACCUGAAAAAGAGAGAGGAAGCCUCACGGUUUUGCUUUGUGGAGAAAAUGGCCUGGUUGCAGCACUUGAACAAGUCUUCCACCAUGGGUUCAAAUCCGCCCGAAUCUUUCACAAGAAUGUCUUCAUCUGGGAUUUCGUAGAAAAAGCGGUUACCUAUUUUGAAACCCUAGACCAGAUUCUGGACAAUGAAGAUGAUGUUCUUAUCCACAAAUCAUCCUGCAAAACAUUCUGCCACUAUGUAAAUGCUAUUAAUACUGCACCCAGAAACAUUGGGAAGGAUGGCAAAUUCCAGAUUUUAGUUUGCCUUGGAACACGAGAUCACCUGCUGCCUCAGUGGAUUCCAUUGUUAGCUGAGUGUCCUGCCAUCACUCGAAUGUAUGAGGAGAGUGCACUUCUGCGAGAUCGCAUGACCGUCAACUCCCUCAUCCGAAUUCUGCAAACAAUUCAGGACUUCACCAUAGUAUUGGAAGGAUCACUCAUCAAAGGAGUGGAUGUGUAAACCAACUGUCCAGAAAUUCUCAGUCCAAACCUCUGAAUUCUGAACCUUCUCCCAACUAUGGGGACAGACUUAGACUUGUCUGACAGUAGUGAGUCACGCAGGGGGCAACCCAGUGUAUGUCCCAAUUUGAAGGAUCUUUACUCUGCAGACAAGGCAAUGCUGUAUUGUAGUUCAUUUGAACCUGGAAUUUAGUAUAAAAUAGAGUAUUUUCAUGUGUUAGAUGUGUGUAAAUAUGCUAUCUUCUUUAAAAAAUUAUAUUACUCUAAUAAGAUACUUUUCUUAGAUUGAAAAUUCCUGUGAUUUAAAAUAAGUAGUUUAAAAAUGAUGGGGGUUAGGGGGAAGAGUGGUGCUAGGCAGGAAGAAGCCAGUAAACAUGUAAAUAUGGUGCAACCCUGUUGGGCUUUUUUUUUUUUUUUCUCCUGUAGGUAUCACAAAGGAACCCAGAAUGCAUUGUAUGUGGUAGCCAUCCAUCCUGUGUUGAUCCUUUGUAUAGUGAAUGUAUGCCAUUUUACCUACUGUGGGAUAAUCCUCACUUGUAUUUUUUAAGUUAUAAACCACUUUAUGCUUAUGCAUUUAAAUUGAGUCACUUUUCCAGCCUUUUGGAAAAAAAAAAAAAUCAGUUGGCACAAGGUAAAGAUAUAAUUCAAGCAUUUUCUUUUUCCUGAUACUGGGGAUUUUGUAUCCAGGGGCACAUUACCUUUCUGCCAUGUCCCCAACCCUUUUUAUUUUAUUUUAUUUUAUUUUUUUGAAAGUACUCACUAAAUUGCUGAGGCUAGCCUCGAACUUUUAUUCCUCCUGCCUCAUCCUUCUGAGUCUCUUGGAUUAUACGCAUGCCCCCCACCAACCCCUCCCCAGUUAAUUCAAGUAUUUUAAAUACCAGACACUGGGAGCUUGGCUGAACUGGAAAGAAACACAGGAAGCCCUGAGAAGUGUGUUAAAAUUAUGGGAUUAUAACUUCUUUGCACUUUGGAAAGAUUAGCCUAGACUAACUUCAUUCUUGGCAUUUUUAUUCUUGUUAUUUGAGGUACUUUAGGAAGAUAUGAAUUUCWGAGUUUAGCCUCAUAGUUAUAAGUACUACAAACAGCAACUUGAUUCUGCACUUUAAUUUGUCCAUCUAAACUCUGCAGUGGUCCUUUACAUCUUAAGGAUAAUCAGCUCUGUCUGUUAGGUUCCAGCCACCCCCUCUGCAUGCCCAUCCCCCUUCAGGAAAUGGAAGGAAUGUCUAAGAAGGAGGAGGGCACUGGGUGGCUUGGAAUGUUUUUGUGAAAGUAUUUGUUGACCAUGAUAAUGCAAAUAACAGAACGGGAGAGAAAGAAUGAACCCUUUCUGGGUGUUUCAGGGCAAGCUUUCUGUUCCUUUGUAAGAAGGGGCAAUAAUGUAAAACAACUGGCCCAGAGGAGCACAGAUUGACAAAAUGGAAAUGAAACAAGAAACAAGAGGCAGCAGUUUUGAAAGACCAGACUUGUGAGUAACUUUACAAUUUGAUUGUUUAUAAAGAUGUUAAGUAAAUGUAGUGUUAGGUAGUUACCUUAAGUCUUCAUCUUCUGAUAGGUCGCCUAAUUCUAAUUAGAGAGUGGAAAAUUGUUAACAGGAAAUUUGCCUCAGCAGACUUCCAGGUUUUAUUCCCAACUGUGACUGCAAAGCCAAGCCAUGGCUUCUUAGGAUCCUUGUGCAACCUAAAGGUCCUGGGCUCUAGCCAACAGUGUUGUUCCCUUAUUUCCUGGAGGAAGAAAUUAGUGAAACAAGUGCCUCACUCCCUUUAUCAAACACUGUAUGCAGCUAAGAAACAGGCCCUUUUGUCAUGUGACUUUAUACUUAAAAAAAGGGGUUGUUGAAGGCUUCACAUGAAACCUAUGCAAAGGGCUUAAGAAGGUGGUUCUGGGGCUGGGGUUGUGGCUCAGUGAUAGAGUGCUCACUUAGCACAUGCGACACCCUGGGUUC